CCGAAUAAAACCUCGAUUUUCUCUAAGAAGCCGGGGAAGCAGCUUAAACGUAAGAACGGAGAAGCCAUCACCAAAGGAAACGAAUUCCCCAUUUCCCUCUUAUCAACAGACACUCUUUCUCAGAUCUCCCCUUUCAACUCCAGUUUCUUCAAGAGCCAUUAGCCAAUUUUUUAGCUUCUGUAGAUACAUACAACGCGUUUCGCACAGCCCAAAAUAGAGUGUAUGAUGGGUAACAGAAACAGAGCAGAAACUGAAAUAGAGGCUUGUUUAAAUGAAGCCUUGUUGUUUGCUACCAUCUGUAUAAUUGGGAUGCCCGUUGAUGUGCAUGUCAGGGAUGGCUCUGUCUAUUCUGGAACUUUCCACACUGCCUCUGUUGACAAGGAGUAUGGUAUUGUUCUAAAGGAAGCAAAAUUGACCAAGAAGGGCAAAUGUGAUGCAAAUGUGGCCAACGGGAAUGUGAUUGAAACUCUUGUAAUUCUUUCAGGUGACCUUGUCCAAGUUGUAGCCAAGGGAGUUUUAUUCCCAGCAGAUGGUUUCAUGGGAAAUAUAGCUAGUGAUAAUGUAGAAGCUGCUGUAGUCAAUGUUCCUUCUUCUGAGAUUUUAAUGAGUGGGGCAAAGGAAUCUAACAAGUCGACCACAGAUAAGAAGAAAGUAAAUGAAAACAGGAACAACAGUGCUAAUGGUUUCAUGCCAACAAAAACUGGAAAGGAGCAUGAAGAGGUGGAAGUUUUAGCGAAUCAUGCAGCAACUGCCACAGAAAUUGAACCUGGAAAGAGAGAAAGGAUUAAUAUUUCAAAAAUUGAAGGAGCUUUUGAUUCUGCAGUUAUUGGAAGACAGAUAGGAGAUAACUGGUCAAAAGGCGAGGAGAAUCAUCACAAACAGUUUGAACUUCAAAAGGAGAAGAGUGAUAAUGAAGUUCAAAGCUCAAGUUCAAUCUCCAAUUUAUCCCUUUCAGAAACCAAGGUCGUUGGGGAAGGGCAAAAAAUGACAAAGCUGUUACCUAAUGGUGUAUCUUGUGAUACAACAUCUGCACUUGUUAAACCAGACAAUCAAUGCCAUGGAAGGCCCACUUCUGCUGGUGCCAUUUGUUCCAGUGUUUCAACUGUUUCCAAUACACUGAUUGAUGUAGCCUCAGAAUCAUGUUCUGGUUCAUUACAUUCUUCAGCUGAUGUGGUCUCUCCACAGAGUUCAGAAUCCUCUAAAAGCUCUAAGGAAUUCAAGCUCAAUCCAGGAGCAAAAAUCUUUUGUCCAUCUUUUGCAACUCCAAUAUCAGUCAGUACAGCAGUGCCAGGAGUUGCAAGCAUGUCUUAUGUACCAAGCAACUCUCCCAUGGUACCCAUUGCUGCUGCUCAGCCAGAAGUUGGAAUCAGCCCUUUUAUACGGCCUUCUGUCCCUGCUAAGUUUGCUUCAUACACUAAUUUGACAGCUGUAAAUGGUGGCAAUGAUCUUCAAUUUUCACCACCUAUUAUGGGGAACAGGACACUGCCUAGAUAUAGUGGUCAAUAUCCUGCUGUUCAGACUGCACCAACAUAUGUGCCUCCAAAUUCUCAAGCUGUUAUGGUUGGACGACUUGGGCAGCUUGUCUAUGUGCAGCCAGUUCCUCAUGAUUUGGUUCAGAGUGGAGCAACUAUCGCACCUGUAUCUGCACGUCCUCUGUUGACUCAACAUCAGGUCCAAUAUCCUAAGCACCAAGGGUGUAUAACAGGCCAGGCCUUGCAACUGUGUGCGCCCCCACCAUUUGUAGCUGGUGGGCAGCAGCCAUAUGCAAUCCCAAGCCACAUUCCGCUUUUGCAACCUCCUAUACCUGCUAACAGGCCCCUUCCAGUUCCAGGAGCUAAUCCUUUCUUCGGCACCAAGUUUCCAUAAAUAUAUUCCACUGGUAUAAUGAAUCCAUGAUUCGUUUUCAUGAAUGAUAAAAUUUUGGUUCAUAGUUUCUUGAAGAGCAUCUAGUGUAGAGGUGCUUAAUUUUUGUUCCCCGUAUACAGGUUAAUUUCAUUCUAUAUGGGAUUGUUAAUAUAGGUCUUAUAGGGCUGAUUUCUUUUUUCUUUCUUUAUUGGGGGGAUUUUGGGGGGGGGGAGGGGUUGUUUGGUAAUGGUGGAAGGUUGAAAGGGGAGACUUGAGAAUUUUGGAGAAGUAAGAUGUACAAUAUAUCAGACAUAACAGCAACAAUGGUUUCAUACACAGGUCAUUUUGGAAAAUUCUUUUCAUCUUGCCAUAACUAUCCUCGUUUUUGCUGGGCAAGAUGUGAAUAAAAGUUGGCUUUUUCCUUAGCA